AUGAUAUUGUUAUAUGGGUCAAUGGAUCGGGCUUACGAGCUGGUCAUUGACGGAGUGGUGGGACAUCGUCUCUUGCUCCCUGGUUUUGAGUUUGUGUAUAGAUCGAAUCCGGUCGGGAGCACUGGGUUAGCAGACUUGAUUAGAGUUCCAAAGAUGUGGACAGUAGCAAGGCUUUGGGAAUCAGCCAAAACAGCAAUGCAAAAUGGCAUUGUAGUUGAUGUAAAUAGUAGAAAAAGGGGAAGAGUUGGUAGGAAACUAAGAGUCUUUGACAAGACUCUACUUAAUGUUGUUCCAAUUGAAAAGAGGACCAUAAUUGGAGCAAUGGAAGUGCAAUUGGGCAUUGGGCAUUCACAAGUUUAUAGAAUGAUGAAAUCUGAUAAUAUUAGAGCCCAUAAAAAUUCAAUUAAACCAAAACUUUCUCAUAACCACAAAAUAAGAAGACUAAACUUUAUUCUAUCCCAAAUAAUACCACCUACUAUAGACAACCCACCAAAGUUCAGUUUGAUGUAUAAUGGCGUACACAUCGAUGAAAAAUGGUUCUAUAUGAGUAGGGAAAUACAAAGGUACUAUUUAUUCCCAUGGGAAGAGGAAGAACCAUACAGGAGGUACACCACAGCUAAGAUCAGAGCAAUAACAAAAGUUACACGAGAUGUCAUUCGAGAUAAACUAAUCAAUGAAGUUCUACAAGCAAUCAGAUUGAAAUGGCUAGCAAAUGGAGUCAAAGAUAUUUGGAUUCAACAAGAUAAUAUCAAGCCACAUAUUUUAACAAAUGAUCAAGCAUUAAAUGAAGAAGCUAACAAAGAUGAAGUUAACAUAAGACUAGUUUGUCAACCGGCAUCCAGUCCAGAUAUGAACAUCUUAGAUUUGGGUUUGUUUAGUGCACUACAAUCAAUUCAAUUCAAGUCAUUCCAGAAAGACCUCAAAGAUUUGAUCAAGGCGGUCAAUGAUGCAUACGACACUUUUAAACCAAAACUUUUGAACUACACGUGGAUACAAUAUCAACUAUGCAUGCUAGAGGUGUUGAAAGCUAGAGGUGGUAAUAAUUACAAGAAUCCACACAUUGGAAAACAAAGAUUAGACAGGUUGGGUAUGUUGCCAAGACAAUUAGAAGUUCCUCCAGAACUUUAA